UCUUCGGUUUUUAAAAAUAAAUACAGACGAUAGUCAUCUUUGGUAGUGUCGUGUGCGUGUGACUGACGUCUGUUUAUGGAGAUUAUGCGAAGAGAUAAAGCGUCUGGAAAAAGCGAAGAUAAGAGAUUCAGCUAGACAGUGAUUUAACUACAGAGUUCACAAACAUGGGCCAGAAGCGAGAGAUCCCACCUGCUCUGCAAAAGCUCCUGGCCUUAGAUGUUCAUCUUACUAAUCAGUUUUGUAUCUGGGCUAAUCACUUUUUACCACUUAAAUCACUGAGAAUACAUUACAAAUUUCUUGAGGUAUCGUGCCACGGUGUACCAUGGAUAGCAGCAUGGCUAGCCUUUAUUUGGCUGUGGGAUCAUCCAUCACUCUACCAAAUGCAGAUGAACUUUCUCAUUGGACUGCUGUUGGACAUAGUUUUGGUAGCUGUGUUAAAAGCUGUGACACGCCGAAGACGUCCUGUGGCCAAUAAAUCGGACAUGUUUGGAGUAGUUGGACCAGAUAAAUUUUCAUUUCCAUCUGGACAUGCAUCCCGAGCUACAAUGGUUGCGUGUUUCUUCCUGUGGGUGUGGCCUGUGCAUUUUCUUUUCCAGGGACCUAUUCUAGCAUGGGCAGGCAGUGUCUGCCUGUCAAGGUUGCUGUUGCAGCGACAUCACAUUUUGGAUGUAACAGCUGGUGUGCUGCUGGGUGUGUUUGAGACUUGGUUCAUUUACAAUAUUGUCUGGUUGUCACAGGAGUCUGCCACUUGGGCAGUCUCGUGGCUUUCAGAUGAGCGAACAGAUGGAGGCAGCUACCAUGUCUAGCCAGGUGCUACUAAUUUCUGUCCGUGAGCCUGGAUAUGUGUGUGUAUGUGCGUGCAGUCCUGAAUUUAGCAUCUAAACUAUUAGCUUGUUUAGUUAUUAGAAGGAGAGGUAAUAAGCAACACUGACUUCAGAAAUACACAAAGGAUAUAAUUUAAAUAAUUGUAUGGAAAAUCUAUUUUUAUUACAUCAGGAGCAUUGCUAGGAUAUUCUUGUUUUAGAGAGCUUCAGCUUUUCUUAUUUGAUUGGUUAAGUAAAGGUGGACAGUAUACUUUUAAAAAAUUUGCUCACACUCAUUGUUUUAUAUGCAUUAUUUUAAUGAGGGGCUUCCGUGAGAGGAGGCUUGGUACAAAUACUUGAAUCCAUUAGGUUAAAUUACUCCAAAAACUGCAACCACUGUCAUAUAAUUGUUAAAUGGGAGUUGCUGCUGCUCAUAUAUUCUGUGUUGACAGUGAGAAAAUGGAGCAUCUGCUCAUUGUUUAUAAAAGUAGGAGCUACUGAGCAAUACAGUGAUAAAACAGUUGUUGUUUGAGGCAUGGGUUUCACAAUAACCAAGUUUUGUUUGUUAGAAACAACUAAAAAUAGCAAAACUAUAAAAAAGUGUGUGUGUGUGUGUGUGUGUGUGUGUGUGUGUGUGUGUGUGUGUGUGUGUGAGAGAGAGAGAGAGAGAGAGAGAGAGAGAGAGAGAGAGAGAGAGGGGGGGGGGGGGUUGGUGCACUGCAUUUAUUAUUAAGGAAUAUAUAGGUCUCAGAGUUAAUAGUAAGGUGCUGUCCACUUUGUACCAAUUCAGUUUCUGCAGCUAACAAGGAUUGCCUGGACAGAGUUGAUAUUUUACUAUAAAGUUGCUUUGCCAUAAAAGCAAAGUAUGUAUGUAUAAAUGUGAUGAAAAGAAUUCAUUCUUCCAAAAUCUUGAACGUAUAAUUUGAUAUUGUUUCAUAUAUUACAUGAAUGGUCGUGCAUAUUUUGUCAAAUUACAAUUGACAUGCCUUCUUGUAGAUAGAAAUAGCAUUUUUUUUAAUUGUGUGAUGUAAAUAAGGUUUUGUCAGUGAAUGCAUGUAUAUAUAUUUAAUAUAAGACUGUAAAAGUCAUCUCAUUAUAAAACUGACACUUGAAAACCAGGUUUGCAAUCAAGUACCAAAGUAUUUCAGUAGUUUAUCUACACAGAACAACAGAAAUGAUAAUGUUACAUACUUUUUUGUUAUGUACUGUAGUCACUAAAAUGAAAGUACGUGGAACUUUUGCAACAAUGUUCAAAAGAAAGUGCUGUGAUGUUUCAGUGUAAUACACUUAAACCAGUUCCUAAUAAAUAAUUACAGCUAUUAUCCU